UUUUCCAAGAGCUCACAGAAAACCUCCAGCACUAACAGUUCGCGUGGCAGAUGCAGAGACAUCCGUCCAGAUCUAUAGGAACCUGGAAGAGGAGCUCUGAGUAAGUAACAGAUGCGGGUGAAAGAUCCAUCAAGAGCCAACUCCGAGAAACCAAAGAGAAGCAAAAGGCCUAACAGGCUGCAGGAUGAAGACUCCUCAGAUGAUAUUUCAGGCUUAACCUGCCAGCACGUGAGCCAAGCAGUGGAUGUGCAUCAUGUGAAGAGAGCGGUAGCUCAGAGCGUUUGGUCAAUAUGUGCAGAAUGUCUGAAGGAGAGGCGGAUGAGUGAUGGUGAGCCCGUGGCACCUUCGGACAUAUGGCUGUGUCUCAAAUGUGGCUCUCAGGGAUGUAGUAAGAACUCAGAAGGCCAGCAUUCUCUGAAACACUUCCAAACAGCACGCGCAGAACCUCAUUGCAUUGUUAUCAACCUCAGCACGUGGAUCAUAUGGUGUUAUGAAUGUGAUGAAGAGCUGUCAACACAUUGCAACAAAAAGGUUUUGGCUCAGAUAGUUGACUUUCUUCAGAAACAUGGUUCCAGGGCUGAACCAAGUUCAUCAAAAAUCAUACGACUCCGUGAAGAAAACAGUGAAACAAGUGAAAUACUGAAAGGAAGAAGUUCUGGUAAUGGUGCAUCUGUUCCAGUCAAAGGAAUAAAUAAUUUAGGAAAUACGUGCUUUUUUAAUGCUGUCAUGCAGAACUUGGCACAGACUCAUAUACUAAAUGAACUGAUGUAUGAGAUGAAGGAGAAAGGAACAAAGUUAAAAAUCUGUCAUACUUCAGACUCCCAAUUGGAUCCUUUGGUGGUAAAUCUCUCCAGCCCAGGACCCUUGACUUCAGCGAUGUUCUUGUUCCUUCACAGCAUGAGGGAGGCUGGAAAAGGUCCUCUUUCUCCCAAAGUGCUGUUCAGCCAGCUUUGUCAAAAGGCUCCUCGAUUUAAGGGGUUCCAGCAGCAGGACAGCCAGGAACUUCUGCACUAUCUGUUGGAUGCAAUGAGGAUUGAAGAAACAAAGCGUAUACAAACUGGUAUCUUAAAAGCAUUUAAUAAUCCAACUACUAAGACGGCAGAUGAAGAAACUAGAAGAAAAGUCAAAGCGUAUGGAAGAGAGGGUGUGAAGAUGAACUUCAUAGAUAGGAUCUUUGUUGGUGAAUUGACUAGCACUGUCAUGUGUGAGGAAUGUGAAAAUAUUUCAACAGUAAAAGAACCUUUCAUUGAUCUUUCACUUCCUAUAAUAGAGGAGAGGGUAAGAAACAGAGUUGCAAAACCUGUGCCUUUGGGAAGAACAGGUAAAGGUAAAAGUGUACAAGAGGCAGAUCUUGGUCAGUAUAACUGUUCUUCUAUCACUACACUGAAUAAUCAACCCAAAAUUGUCAAGAAACACGCUUUAACAAAAGACAAGAAUCAAUUGAACCAGGAGAGACGGCUUACCAGAAAAGCUUCCUCUAAUGAAGAAGAAAAAAGUCCUGUUAUCAUGCAGGAAAAAAACAAAAAGCUCGAGCUGGAAGGUAGCUCUGAUGUCCUGUACUCCAAAGACACAACUGCCGACUCCGCUGUAAAUGGAAGUCAGACGGACGGCAGUGAGAAGGAAGCCAGCCGCUCUGAAAGCAGCUUUGAUGCAGACAGUGAAGCCUCAGAAAGCGAAAGUGCUUCUAAGCAAACAGCUUUCAGCCCGUCCAGCAACACAUCUGGUUUGCACGUCAACCACAUAAAUGUCAAAAUGCCGCACAACAAACCAAGUGACAGUAACGAUGAGAUGAUUUCCAGUGCCAUAUCCAAACUCAGCCUCUGUGGUACUAUAAAUGAAGAUAAAAAAUUGGGCCGUGGGGAUCCAGCAUUAGGUUUAUUGAAUAAUUCCGUGUUCUCAGUAGACAAAUCCCCGCUAUCCCAAAACCCUCAAAAUGCUUUCCAGACGCUUUCCCAAAGCUACGUAACUAGCUCAAAGGAAUGUUCUGUUCAGUCCUGCCUUUACCAGUUCACCUCUGUAGAGCUCCUAAUGGGGAACAACAAGCUUUUAUGUGAGAGCUGCACAGAAAGGAAACAGAAGUAUCAGAAGAAAUGCAACUCCACAGAAAAGAAAAUGGAAGGCGUCUACACAAAUGCUCGGAAACAGCUGCUGAUUUCUUCAGUCCCUGCUAUUCUUAUUCUCCAUCUGAAAAGAUUCCACCAGGCUGGUUUGAGUCUACGGAAAGUAAAUAGGCACGUGGAUUUCCCUCUGAUUUUAGACUUAGCACCAUUUUGUUCUGCAUCUUGCAAGAAUGUUACAGAUGGUGCAAGAGUGCUAUAUAGUCUUUACGGAAUAGUGGAGCACAGUGGGUCAAUGAGAGGUGGUCACUAUGCGGCGUAUGUGAAAGUCAGGACACCCUCCAAGAAAUUACUAGAGCAUAUCUCUACCACUAAAAAUGUUCUGGGUUUAAAAGAAGCCAUGGGAGCAUCAGGAGGACAGUGGGUGUAUGUCAGUGAUGCCCAUGUUCAGACGGUUCCGGAAUCAAGAGUACUAAAUGCUCAAGCAUAUCUACUUUUUUAUGAAAGAUUAUUACUAUAAUUCUCAACGGUUUAAUUUAAAAGAUGGUAGUGGUUAUUUAGUUUAUCUUAUUUAAAGCUGCAGUGGUAAGAGUACCUGUAAAUAUUGUGCCUUUAUCUUGUAGAGAAUUUAUCAUAUGUUGACUCUGAAGUUCAGUCAAGCUAUUAUAAAUAUCUGAAUGGUUCUCUUAAAGUAUGCACUUUGCCAAACAUUUAAAAUUCCUGGAUUCAUUAAAAUACAGUACUGUUAGAAUGUAAGAUGAUGUCCUAUCCUACUGAGGUCUAUGGAAAGUUUGUUCUUGAUUUUAAUAAAGAUAAGCUUUCACCUAUAGUUCUAGAACAGUUGAGAAUAAAAAUACUGAUAGCUUUAAGUGCCUGGAUUUGCUGGUGUACAGUAAGAAUAUGAAGUAUUUCAACUUUCUGUGAUCUAGUCCAGAUCCUUCCCGUCACUGGGUUGGAUGUCAGCUGUUAAGAUUUCUGCAAACAAGAACCUGUCAAAUCGUGUUGCUUCCACAUGUAGUAAUUGGAAAGCACCGUGCUUCCAGAAUGGAGUAACAGCAGCUGUCUCUGGGUAAUGCUGCAGUGCACUUUCACGAUAGAGCUGGGAAUUGAUUGGGAAAAUACGGCUUCUACAAAGUGACAGUGAAUCCUCACAUACCCAGUACCCCUUCAGCUGUCUCCAACUGGCACUGGUAUGGCAAUGUACUCCUGUUUUAAUAUAAAUAUAUACUUGGUGUGCAUAUGUAUAUCCUCUGAUAUAUAUAUAUAUAUGCACACCAUAAAUCCCAUCAAUAUAUAUUGUCAUUUUACCUACUAGGAAAGAGAAUUGCAAAUACUUCUGUAUUUAGUAAAUUUUCAACUUCAUAAUUAUGACAAUGUGCAGCAUAUAAGCUUGUGUAUGAAUAUGUAUGGGGUUUAAGUGUUACUGGGUAAUUCUGUUACUUUUGGUUCUAAACAUGAAUUUAUCUGUUCCUGAAUACUUUUCUCACAGGAGUAAUAAACUAUAAAUUAUUUUUGCACUGUGUGUGUGAGUUGGACAGUAAAUGAUGACUUUUGCCCUC